UUAUAAAUUGAAUUAUUAAUAAAAGGUCAUGGAGAGUCAACACCAAAAUCCCGGAGAGACACAUUUCGGCUUCACAGUUGUCUCUCAUUUGCUCAUCCGCCUCCUAUCGCCGCCAUGAAGGUAGAAGAUACCGGUGAAUAUCAAAACAUGGGCGCUUCCCUCACCGUUUCAGAAAAGUCGCUUCAUGAGUUUACUGAUAGCAAAGGUAAUGAUGUAAAUCUCAGCGGUUACAAAGGAAAAGUGCUUCUUAUCGUGAAUGUUACCUCCAAAUGUGGAUUCACGACCUCUAACUACGAGACUCAGUUAUACACCAAAUACAAGGAUAAAGGAUUAGAAAUACUAGCAUUCCCCUGCAAUCAAUUUCUGAAGCAAGAGCCUGGAUCUAGUGAGGAAGCACAAGCAUUUGCCUGCACUCGAUUCAGUGCUGAGUAUCCCAUCUUCCAAAAAGUGAAAGUUAAUGGUUCAGAUGCAGCACCUGUCUACAAGUUCCUUAAAGCAAAUACAAGUGGCUUUUUUGGUUCUAGCAUUAAGUUGAACUUCACCAAGUUUUUAGUUGACAAAGAAGGGAAUGUCAUUGGGCAUUAUGGAACCACUACUCAGCCCUUAGCCCUUGAGGAAGAAAUAAAAAAGGCAUUAGGAUUGAAUUCACAAGCACUUCCAUAAAAUCAUAUAUGCUGACAUCUGAAUGCAUCAAAGUAGUUUCGUAAUUCAUAUUGCUACCUUGGAUGAAGUGAUCUUGGCAGAAUGAAUGACAGCUGGUUUAGUUCCUAUUUGUGUUCAUCUGGUAUGCUUUGUUUUCUUAAUUUAUAUUGAAUAACUUAUGCAUUUUUCUCUUCAACGUUGGUGCUCUUUAUAUGAAUGUAAUUACAAUCAUUUUUAUGCAAAACAAGAAUAAAGAACACAUGUUUGUAUUGUGAUAUUCUUGUUACAAUCUGUGUAAUUCUAUAAUCUUUGUGCUUAUUAAUAAAGUCGUACAACUACAUCAGUUCUGUUGACCUUAAAAAGUUACUAUUAUGAUACUAUCGUCUC